CUCUGCCGCAACAACGGGUGCACGAACCGAACCGACAAAAGAAACGAGAAAAAAAGCCUUCACUUUACUUCAGUAUCAUAUGUUCCUCAAUACCUACCGGACCCUUUACUCAGUACAAAUUCCCUCGUCAAGUUUCUCGCAAACCUACUCGCUUGUAAUCGGAUCGCAGUUAUACCCAUCGCAAACGAGCGCUGACGUUGAGCAGACCAAUUGAUCACGAGCUGAUCAUUCACCGGGAACUUGUCGUCUCGUAUAUCCUCUUCAGAUCUUGCUUGUCACUGUAUAAAAACCUUCGAGGUCCUCCUCUUGAACCACUGAGCAAGGGCUACCGAAAUAGGAACGGCGAGUCUGUGGGCAGUCCGGCCAGGUUUGGUAUCGAGAGUCUACCCUCAUAGCCAGAAACGCGAUCAUUCUUCAGGGGGAAAAAGAGAGACAGCAAGCACAAUGUCCAACCACGGGCAACACCCAGGUCAACAACCCAACCCUCGGGGUCAUCACCGCCGUCCGCCUCCCCCACCAUCAGGAGCAGCGUCACAGCCACCACAUCCCCCUCAACCCCGUUCUCACCAAUUACAAAACCCACCAACCCUCACAACCCGCCGCUCCCUCCUCUCCCCAACCUUCGCGUCCAAACUCCGUCAACUCGCCCUCCCCCUCGCCCCCCUCGUGCAGCUAACCAGUGGCACCGUGCACCCCGAAUUUCCCCAGACGUUGCUCAACUUCUGGCUUUUGACCGACGACCAGCUGGACCGACUAGCGAGCUUCUAUCACCAGCGCACGCCAUGCCAGUGGACGGCGCACUACCCUUGUCCGGUGUCAUGGCCGGCGGGCAUGGGGAUUGAGGAGAAGAGAAGGAGGAUUGGACGGUUUAUUGGGCUGAGGGGCUGUGAGAGUCCGUUGCCGACGGUGACAAGUUUAGACGCGGACAUAUCGGCGCUGUUGAAGUCGACGAUAGGAACGACGGGCGAGGAUAUUGCAGAGACGGAGAGGAGGGUCAGGAGAGCAGAGGAUGAGUUGGAUGAGAUCAGGAGGAAGAUGGGCUGGUAUUUUUAGGUUGACAGUGACUUUUUGCGAUAGGUAGGGAUAGCAAGACGGGCAAGAUCUGGAGUUCCCGACGGAUUCGCUUGGAAAAGGUCUAGAUGGCCAGGCAGGUUAACUAGAGGUACUGAACGAGGACUGGUGCUCGGCAACAUCGGUACAGACCUAGAGCGUAGAACAGCGCGAUAUACCAAUUUCAAACUAUCCAAGCCG